AUGUCCACAAAUCUGCCAUCCGAAGAUGGUAGACCUCCAGGGGGCACCGCUCGUACUCCCGGGAACAGAACCCCUCGCAAGGUCCAGUGGAUCGACGAGAGCAGGGAAGAAGAACCCGUAGUCGAAGCCACCGGUUCUUCCCAUCUCCUUGACGAACGUGCUUUGGAUCCCACAGGCUUUCACAAACUAACUGAAGCACUCGAGAAACAUCGGAAAGCGACGACUCCGCUAACCCAUGUGCAUUAUUACCCACCUACACCUCUUUCCGAUUCUUUUACGCGUGAUGACAUCCGCCCAGGGGGCCUGUACGCCUCUUCAUCAGCCCCGUCCAGCGUAAUCACGUUUGAUUCGAGUCCGCUAACUCAACCGCCUUCUCCCACCCACCAUGUGCCCAACAAUUUUAUUGACCCGUUAGAGGACGCUGGAUUACCUGGAACCAAGAGCUUGCAAAAUUUCUCUAGACGCAAGGCAGCUAAACUUGCAAAGGUUUACAAACAUCCUAGUCAUCUAUGGCGCUCAAUUACAACCGACCAUUCGGAAAAGGACAAUCGCAAAGGAGAGGAAGGUUGGGAUAGGGAUGUCGAAAGCGAAGCUAGUCAUUCAAGUGACGGUGGCGGGAUGCUGUCAACGUUGCUGAGCCUUUUCAGUGAGAAACCCUCAAAACCAAGGAAACUACAUUCAAGAACUUCUUCCACGGAGCAACUGAGAACGUGGACAAGCGGAUCUGAUCUGUCCGAUCAAGAAUACUUCAGAACACGACCAGAGUCGACCUCUGAACCAGUGGGAGGUAAGUUCGCAGACGAAGUCAGGAGAAAAUCACACGUCCCACGACCUCACCUUUCCCUCCCAUCCUUGGGCAUCGUCUCGCGACCAAAGGCAGCCAGGAGCGACGGAGGUGUCAUUGGAUCCCUGAUCGCAAGCACAGGGAACAUCGCUGGCGCAGCAGCGCCCGUUGCAAGCACUCUACAACCAGACGUCGAUAAACCAGGUUUUCGUCUUUCCCGCUAUUCAACCAAACCAGUAGAAGUCCCAACUCAAGCAAAAACCUUGCGUCGCCAAAGUAGCUUGAUGUCUAUCCAGCGGCCCCCCUCUGUACUGGGAGCAUCACCAUCAUUGACUCCCUCGCCACCGGCAUCUGCCCCUCCCUCGCUUUAUCGCGCUGGUAACAGGCACAGUAUGGGGUUCAGGAAGGACUUUACGUUCCCCUCUAUGACUUCUCUAAAGUCAAGUCUUUUGAGUGGGAGGAAUACGCCCCUGGGUUCACCGACUACAGAUGAGGAAGGCGGGACUGCUCCGGAGCGUAAGAAGAGGAGACACAAGAGGAAGAAGGCGGAAGUAUUUAUCACACGUCACCUCGCACACGUCAUUCAACGAGAAGAGUUUCUGCUAAAGCUGACCCGGGCAAUGAUGAUGUUCGGUGGCCCCGUACACAGACUUCAAUCCCAAAUACAGAGCGCAGGACGCGUGUUGGACGUCGAGCUCAGCCUAUUGUACCUCCCGGACGUUGCGCUGAUUAGUUUCAACGACUCGUCGACUGGGACGAGUCAUAUCAAGUUGAUAAGGCAGGGGAGCGCGUUGGAUAUCGGGAAACUGACGGAUGCGUUUCAUCUUUAUUGGCAGGUCAUCCACGACAAACUCUCAGUAUCAAACGCAUCCAUCGACCUGGACAACCUGAUGCAAAAACCACCCAUGUACAAAUGGUGGCAUGUCAUAUUCAUAGGCGGGAUGUGCUCUGCAGCCAUCUGCUCCGUCAGCUUUUCCGGGAGUUUCUUGGAUUGUUUAAUUUCGUUCCCGUUGGGUGCUUUCCUUGUUUUUGUCCAGAUAAUGAGCGUUAGGAACGUGUUAUACACUUACGUUUUCGAGUUCACGAUGACCACACUCUUCAGUUUCCUAGCCGCUGCGCUGGCCGCAACGCAUCAUUUCUGCUACUCUGCCGUAGCAUCCGCAUCUGUCGUCCUCAUCCUCCCCGGUUUUAUAGUCCUCACCGGCUCCCUCGAGCUCCUCUCCCGCAACAUCAUCUCCGGCUCCGUCAGGCUCUGCUACUCCAUCAUCUACGCCCUCAUCCUCGGGUUCGGGUUCGCCAUUGGCGCAGAAUGUUAUGUCAUCUUCACAGGGAGUAAGAUAUACGGUUCUGGAGACCAAGUUUGUUCAGUGGUUCAUAAUUCACCGCAUUGGUAUCAGAAGACGCCGAGCAAGUUCUGGGCGUUCUUGACGGUCCCACUGUAUUCCCUUUUCCUCAGUAUGCGGAACCAGGCUCCACUGAACCGGAAAGAAAUGCCUUUACUCGUCGGCAUCUCGUCCGUUGGCUGGGUCACCAACUACUUCACUGGAACCAAGUUUGUCGGACAAAGCGACGUAGUAGCCGGAGUAGGAGCUUUCGCAGUCGGCAUCGUAGCCAACCUAUACGCGCGUAUAUUCGAUGGAAACGCUUUUGUAGUCAUGAUAACCGGCAUCCUAUUCCAACUCCCCUCCGGGCUAGGAAGCGGAGGACUACUCGUGUUUGCUACUGAAACCGCCGAAGGCUCGCAAACGUCGUCGAUUGACGGGUUCAGCGUCGCGUUGAGGUUGAUAUCGGUGGCGAUUGGGUUGGCUGUUGGGUUGGGCCUCGCGUCGGCUGUGGCGUUUCCGAUUCAGAGUAAGAAGCGGGAAGGGGGGAUUUUCAGUUUGUAG